UGGGUGACUAGAGAUGUUGCAGAAAUUAGUGCCCAACACGAGAGAUAGAAGCAUAAUUGUCAUACUCCUUAUAUACUGCUUGAGUUUAUUGUUAUCAAGACUGGAUCCCGUUAGUACGGAAAAUGCGCUUGUAUCCUCCGAUAAUGAUAUUUCACAUAUUGGUGAUGAUUGCCAAGUCACCCCAGUGAUACAUGUGCUGCAAUAUCCCGGUUGUGUGCCGAAACCGAUACCCUCAUUUGCAUGUGUGGGGCGUUGUGCAAGUUAUAUACAGGUAUCGGGUAGCAAAAUUUGGCAAAUGGAGCGUUCGUGCAUGUGCUGUCAGGAGUCUGGAGAGCGAGAAGCAGCUGUGUCACUAUUUUGUCCAAAAGCCAAGCAUGGAGAACGUAAAUUUAAAAAAGUACUCACAAAAGCACCUUUAGAAUGUAUGUGUCGUCCAUGUACAUCAAUUGAGGAAUCUGGUAUUAUACCACAAGAAAUAGCGGGAUACUCAGAUGAGGGUCCAUUAAACAAUCAUUUUAGACGUAUAGCAUUGCAGUAA